UGGGGUCCCCGGAUUGGCAUGAGCUGUUAGUUGCGGGGAGCUUUAACAUUGUGAUCCGUGUAGUUGAUGGCUGGAAAUGGCAAUGAAAUUGUCGAUGAUGGAAAUAAUGUGGCUCGUUAUAUAAGGGCCAUUCUUCUCCCAAUGCUGAUCUUGGUUCUACAGUAUCACACUUGUACUUGCCUCGUGGCUUGGUUGAACUACUUCACUUCUUGUUUAUACGGUGGUGAAUAGAUUGUAUUCAAGCUUCAUUCAUCAUGGAGUCGACAGUUGACGAGCGGACGAAGCUCGCCUACCAAAACCGAUGGAGGACUCUCGCCAAGAACCCCAAGCUCAUCGUCAUCGCUCUCUUCGCCUCCUUCGGCGGCUUCGAAUAUGGCUACCAACAAGGUGUCCUAGGCCAGUCCCUGGUGAUGCAUCGCUUCAAGGAAAACUUCCCCUCUAUCGUCAACUCGUCCUCAGCCACUGGCUGGCUCACCUCGAUCCUUCAGCUCGGUGGUAUUUUGGGCUCGUUGUCCGCUGGUGUCUUUGGUGAAGUCUACUCACGAAAGUAUACAAUGUUUAUGGCUUGCUGCUGGGUUAUUCUUGGCAGUUAUUUGUAUAUCGGAGGAACCAAGGAUAAUGCUUCUAUGCUCUAUGCUGGUCGAUUCUUCACUGGUAUCGGAGUUGGUACUUUCAGUGGUGUUGGUCCUCUCUACAACGCCGAAUUAUCGUCUCCCGAACUCCGUGGCUUCCUCGUCUCCUUCUACCAAUUCUGCACUAUCCUCGGCAUCAUGCUCUCAUUCUGGAUCGGAUACGGCAGCAACUACAUCGGCGGCACAGGAGAAGGCCAAAGCAACCUCGCAUGGAUGCUCCCAUCCAUCAUCCAAGGAAUCCCUGCUGUUCUUCUCGCUCUUGGAAUCUGGUGGUUGCCAUUUUCCCCACGUUGGCUCGUCAAGCAGGGUCGUGAUGAGGAGGCUCUCAAGACACUGUCCUACCUUCGCAACCUUCCCAUCGAGCACGAGCUUAUUCAGGUGGAGUACAAGGAGAUCAAGGCAGAGGCUCUCUUUGAACAGCGCGCAUUCGCCAAGAACUUCCCCAAUCUGGCUGCUAAAGAGCAGGGCAGUGUCUGGAUGGCCCAGUUUGCUCAGUACUAUCAGAUCUUCCGCACCAAGGACAACUUCAAACGGGUUGCUACAGCUUGGCUGGUUAUGUUCUGGCAGCAGUGGUCGGGCAUCGACGCGAUCAUCUACUAUGCCAGCCAAGUCUUUGAAAGUCUAGGUCUUACCGGAGGAACGCAGGCUCUAUUGGCGACAGGAGUUACGGGCGUUGUGUUCUUCGUCUUCACUUUACCUGCGAUGGCGAUCAUCGACAAGGUUGGACGAAAGCCCAUGCUUUAUGUUGGAUCCAUCGUCAUGCUUAUCUCUAUGGUUCUCGCCGGUAUUAUUGUCGCCAAGUUCCAGCACGAUUGGGAGACGCAUAGUGCUGCAGGUUGGGUUGCCGUGGCUUUCAUCUGGCUCUACGUUGGAGCUUUUGGAGCUACUUGGGGUCCUGUGUCGUGGACUCUUGUUGCCGAGAUCUUCCCUCUAUCUAUCCGAUCCAAGGGUUCUUCGAUUGGUGCCUCCAGUAACUGGCUCAACAACUUUGCUGUUGCCUUUUACGUGCCCCCAAUGUUCGAGACCCUCGAAUGGGGCACUUACAUCUUCUUUGCCGUUUUCUUGGCAUGCAGUAUGGUCUGGCUGUACUUUUGUCUUCCAGAAACGAAGGGUGCUACUCUCGAGGAUAUGGACCGGGUCUUCGGAAGCCACACUGGUGAAGAGGACGCAAAGAUGCUGGAUGAGGCGCGCCGAGAUGUUGGUCUCGGAAUCGAGCUAGAGGUUGACGCUUUGAAGGCUGAGAAGGCGUUGGUGGAGGAUGGAGAGAUUGACACAAGGCCAUCUCACCACGAGAACGCUUAGAAGCAUAGAUAGCCAUACCUAGUAAGUCCAUGGGACAAAAUGCACUGGCGUGCAUGAUUUCUGUAUUUAUAAAUGCAGAUAAUACAAGUCUUGGCAAGCCACUAAAGGUUUAUGCUGUGAGACGCAAUAUCCAGCAGUGAUUGUUCUGGUGUAAGUUGUUGAGCCAAUAAGG